AUGUCCGGCGUGCUCCCACAACCCCCACAACCCAGACAAUACAGACAUCUCAAAGCUGCUACCAAAGCCUCGCAAGAAAACCAAGCACAGGCAGCUGCCAAAGCCUUGCAAGACAAGCAAGCACAAGCAGCUGCCAAAGCCUUGCACGAAGAGAAGCAAGCACAAGCAGCUGCCAGAGCCUUGCAAGAGAAGCAGGCCAAAGCUGCAGAUCCCAACCACAUCAGCGAGCGCUUCGUUGCCACCCUCGCCAGAGAUAUUAACGCGGCAGGGAUCCCGUGUAUCCUUUGGGGAAACCGUCUCCUUCGAAUCCACGGAGUUCCCACGAUUCUUGGCUCGAUCGAAUUUGUAGUUCCCGACGGCAUGGUAUCAGCCGCCGCAGGAGCAAUCGCGCCUCGAGGACCGUUGCUAACCUGCCCGCACACCCUGACCUGCUCCGUGGCUACGCCGGCUCGUACCAGUCCCACGCCAGGCCGCCACUUUCACAUCCGAGAUAGGAAGGAUACGAUCGCCAUCUUGUCUCAGUCACAAGCCUUAUGGUUCCUCCCCGCAAUGGAAAAGAAGCUCCUGGCGCCUCACAAGUCUAGCCUGCCGUCGUACCUGAUCCUCGCCUCCGACCGGUCAGAGCUGCCGCCGCAGAGGCCGGGGCGCGGCUCUGGCUACUUCAAGUACCCGGAGAACCCCGUCGUCGCCGUCCCCGCUCACAUCGCCGUCGAGGCCUACAUGCGCCUGUACGCCCGUUAUGCUGGAGGACCUAGUGCUGCCGCCUUCAUGACCAGGAUCGCCUGGCUCCGGAUGUACGUCGAGGAGGACGGGUACGUCAUUGCGAAGCGGCUCCCGCAGUCGCUGCGCCCGUUCUAUGUUGAACUCAUCAACAACGCGCCUAUUCGCGAUUGGACCCAGAGGCUGCAAAAGGAACUUGGAGAGCGUCAGACAUGA